AUGAAGCAGGAUUCUUUGAAUGUUGCGGAAGAGGAUAGAGAGGAAAACUUGUCAUGUCCCAAUAGAAAAAAGUUCCAAGCAGAAUUGGAUCUAUGUGACUCGGCAAUAAAUAAAAAUAAUAUAAAACUCACUGAUAUACUUUCAUCUAUAGCUGGAGUUAAUAGAGAAAUUAGUCAAAUUAAUAUUCUGAUAAAACAAAGUAGAGAACCAUAUAGGAUAGCGAUGCAAGAAAUUGGUAAAAAGCGGGAUAAAUUGAGAGACGAUAAAUUCGAAGUUGAAAGAGAAUGCCCACAUCGCGAUAUGCAGGAACUGGAAAGAUGUUUAGCACGAAAAGAGAAGGAAUAUAGAAAUACUGUGCUCGAUGCUCAUCAUGAACGAAUUUUAGUAACAGAAAUUAGCGUUUUGAAGAAGAACAAAGCUACACUUUCGCAACUACUUUUGAUAAAGAAACAAAUUGAGGACAACGAUACAUCAUUGUCGCAUUUGAGGAAAAAGCGCGAGAAAUGCGAGAAGAUUGCUGAAUUGAAGAGCCAAAGCACCAAGCUGAAGACAGAACGGGUCAACCUUAAUAGGAUCUACGAUACCAGCAAAGACAACAUGAAAUUCCUUAUUUCAAAAAAGAAUGAUUUGGUAAAAAAUUAUAAGUUGGAGUGUUCGCGUUGGAAAAAUAAGAAAAAUAGAGCUAAUCAAUAUCCAUCUACGUUUCCCUCUCUACAUCGUUUAUCCGAAAAUAAUCUCAUAAACGAAGACGAACUUGAGCCAUUCCAUGAACAAAAGAACGAUUUGAGAUUGCUCAUAAGUUAUUUGGAGAAACUUGACUUGCAAAGAAACGCCUCAGGAAGUUUACAGAAAAGUUGCUCCGAGAAUGAGGAAGACUCUGCUGAUGAGUUCACAGCACAUUUUCAAAAUUUGACUUUUUGUCCUGUGGUAUUAAAUAAUCAGAAGAAUGUAAGAAGGAAAACAUUGAAGAAAUCAGUAUCAGUUUUGUCAAAAAACAAAAAGCUUGACAAUCAACCCAUUUCUCAUGACUUGCCUCACUUCCAGCUUUUUGGAAGAACUAACACCGUUGUUCCUGCCACAUUUGGAGUUGUGAAGGCAGUGCGGGAAAAAUUGGCUCUUCUUGAUAACAAAACAAACGAAAUUGAAUGGGAUGAGAAAGAUGUAUCAGAAUUCUCAAAUGGCUUCUCUUCGUGUACCACCAGCGUUACUGAUUCGGCUUUCGGUUACUGA